CCCAACCCAUUUUAACCGUCUAAACUGAAAUCGUCAACCGUUCUUUCCCAACACUUUUCACUGUUUAGUAUUAUUUCGUAUUAUCAACGUGGCUGAUCUUUCUAUCGGUUCUAGAAUUCGUUGGUUCGCGACGUGCCUUAGAUGUAAGUGACUGGUUUCGUUUGCGCAUCGUCGUGUAUUGUCGCUGAGACUGUACUUGCAAAAGAAACAAAGGAGUUUUGUUGUCUCAGCGUGCGCGUAGAAACCGUUAACGAUUGGUUCGUACGAGGUCCGUGAUACUCGUCAACCGAAUUUCGUCCGACCUUUCUGUCAAUAGAAGGAUCAUUUUCACUUUGCGAGACGAAUAAUAGGUAACAAACAAUAAAUAAUUCCACGGAGUAAUACAUACGAGUAUUUAAGACUAGAGGUUUAUUAUUAUUAUUUAAGACGUCCAAAAGGAAAGAACGUAAUGGAACAAUAAUAGGAAUAUUAAUAAAUAACAGAGGCUAUUCAAAUAAUAUAUGAUUAUUAAUAUAUAAGUAAUAGAUAAUUAUCGAUAUUAUAAAUAGUAAUCAAUCAAAAUAAAAGAAGAAACAAUCGAACAACCAAGACUCAAGAUGUCUGAAGAAAACCGUUGCGAGACCUACCGUUUGCCCGUGGAUUCCUUCGAUUCACCGGAUUUGUCUCCAUCCGACAGAUACAACACUCCAAACCCGACGCCUUCGAAAUUUCAUACAGAAUCGAGUCCCAGCAUGAGUAGUCUGAUAGAAAAAUUGAGGCAGUUGCGAGUGAAGACGCCCGUGGCACCCAGGGCACCCUUUCCUACUCCUGUUAAACUAUCUCCCACUGAUUCUUCCGAGUCGUCAACGAACAAAAACACCGAUCUACCAAUCUGUAGUGGGCCUGAUCUGAUGAAGAUGUUAGAAAUGCAUAUCAAUACGCGUUUAUCGAUUUCUAAUGAACGAUACAAUUCAGUUCACGACAGCCACAGUAUCGACGACGAAACGUUGAAGACGAUGCUAGCCAAAGAACACGAACGUCGCCAGAUAGAAAAUUGGGAAUUAGACAAGGAGAAAUUAGUUGAAGCGAAGAGCGAAACGACCUUCAGUCCGCUUUUAAGUCGCCGUUUGAAGAAGAACCGAAAGUUCUUCGCGGAAAUCCCACCUCUGCAAGACAUUGAUUCACCGCAGUCAAGUGCGGACAACUCUCUCCUGGUUGAAACUGGUUCACCUCUGUCAAUCGAGUGUCCCGUGGAAUGUGAGUCAAUUCGUCAUGACGAUAAACUGGCAUUCUUGUCACAUAACUUGCACAACAUCUCUGGAGCGUUUUCUAGAUUCUUGUUUAAUAAAGAUAUUGUGGAAAGCGAAGUUGGUGACGAAGAGAGUAGUAGGAAGUUGGAAACUAACAUAUUGAUGGAAGAAGAGAAAUUUAAGGAAGCUAUAGACAUUUACUUGGGAGAUUCCCUGAGCUACGAGCAGAAAGAGAUGGUGUUCAGUAGCUAUAUGAAUAACAUUAAUUUGAACGAAUCUGAAGAUUUUAUCAAAUGUGGUAACAAUAACCACGUGGUGUCUAAACAGAAUCCUGAAGCGAACAGAGAGGACGAUCAUGUUAGUAAGUUCUCGUCUGGGGUUUCUUCGAAGGAUUUGGCUGAGGAUCAAAGGGAAGCGAAUUUGGAGGUCGAAAAGAAGAUCGUGGAUGAGAAUAUGUCCAAAGAACAAGGAAGAAUCGUGUCUCCAACAGGAAAGUGUAAGGACGAAGAUAUUGUGUCUCCUACUAGAGACAUUUUUCUUAAAAAAAGUUGCUCCGAUUCCGAUAUUAUUAGCAGUCCUAAAAAGAACGAUCUCGUUAUAUCCGAAGAGUAUAUCAAAAGAUUGGAUAGAUCUCAAUCGAUGACGGAUGAAUUAACACGCACUGGGUCCUACUCAGAGCUAUCAGCGAAUUUUGAUAUGCAGAUCGAAGAGAGGGAUACUGACACUACCAAAUUGAAAGAUUCUUUUGAUGCAACUAGUGAUCGUGAAAACUCUGAUAACCACAUAGAUUUUUCGACAGUUCCUGUACAGAAAUCGUCGGGCUCGGUUGAUUCUUUGACGAGUCCAAAAGAAGAUACAAAUGAUGAUCAAAGAGAUUCAAAAUCAUAUACUAGUGACAAGUGUACCGAAAAUUCGAAUAAAAGCGGUGAAGAUAAUUUUACGAGCGUUUAUUAUUCAGUCAGCUCUCGUGGGAGCAUUGAUUUAAACGAAGCUCUCAGUGAAGUAGACAAUACAAAGAAUUCUUCUAUUGAUUCGAUCGAACGAGAGUUGUCGACAGACACGAAUCAUAAAGGUUGUGGUCCAUUGCCUGACGAAGAAGAUGAAGUUUUCGAAAAUUUUGGUUUGGUCGAUACUUUUAAAAAGGAUGCCUGUUUCCAAUCGUUUCUGAGAAGAGUGAUGAAGAGAGGAUGGAUACGUUCGAUCAGAAAAUCGAGGAGUUCGUCAGAGAUAAGGGAUGCUGAAGAUGAUAAAGAUGAUAAGAAGAAAUCGGAGAAAGCGAAGGAG